AUGACGGUUACACGUUCUCAGACGGGCAAGACGCCCAAAAAACUGGAGCGUCCUGGCUUUGUCGAAACCCCCGGUCGACGAGUUCUUCGAAGCAGUUCUGUGCUGCCCUCCGAAACCAGCGCAGACGAUGUCUCCGAUUCUGCGGCGGAGCUCCGUGGCCGAUCCAAGACGACUAGACGCACGCAAAAGAGAACAAAGGUAGAGGAAGGGGAGGAGGAGGAAGAAAACAGUGAUGAGACACCGUCGAAGCCCUCGGUUGUGAAUGGCCGCGCGAAUGGCCACGCCAAUGGCAGUGCCAAUGGCAGCGCCAAAGACAGCACCAACGGCAGCGUCAACGGUAGUGCCCAUGUGGCUGCGAAAGAAAAGGCGCGGGUCGUGGAUGGUUGGGCGGAGGGCAUGGACCCCAAGAUCGACUACAGCGGCGAGUUCGAAUUCGGAGGCUCCUGGGGCGUCUCGGCCAUGAUGGUCGGCUUUCCGAUGCUGAUGUACUACAUGUGGAUUGGGGCCACCUAUUACCACGGCAAGUUCCCGACGCCGGCGGAGGGCCAGACGAGAUCUGAGUUCUUCGCGCAUCUGGCACACCUGGUAUAUGAGGGCGCGUUUCCUUCACUCAAGGCGUGGGCCAUCUACUGGGUGUUUUUCGUCUUCGAGGGUGCCUGCUAUCUGCUUCUCCCCGGCAUCACGGUGAUGGGACGGCCUCUGCCGCACUUGAAGGGCAAGCAGCUGCCGUACUACUGCUCGGCAGUUUGGUCGUUCUACACCAGUAUUGUGCUGGCGCUUAUUCUUCACUUCACCGGCAUCUUUAAGCUCUACACCAUUAUCGACGAAUUCGGCCCGCUUCUGAGCGUCGCCAUUAUCUCUGGCUACCUCGUUUCCUUUGCCGCGUACUUUUCAGCCUUGGCUCGCGGCGCGCAACACCGGAUGACUGGAUAUCCCGUAUAUGACUUUUUCAUGGGUGCGGAGCUCAACCCACGCAUGUUCGGUCUUCUCGACUUCAAGAUGUUCUUCGAAGUGCGUCUGCCCUGGUACAUUCUGCUUUUCCUCUCCAUGGGCACCGCGGCGCGCCAGUACGAAAACUAUGGCUACAUCUCCGGGGAGGUUGGAUUCAUCCUCAUGGCUCAUUUCCUCUACGCAAAUGCUUGCUCCAAGGGUGAGGAGUGCAUCGUGUCUACCUGGGAUAUGUACUAUGAAAAAUGGGGUUUUAUGCUAAUCUUCUGGAAUCUGGCUGGUGUACCUCUGAGCUACUGCCAUUGCACGAUCUACCUGGCUAACCACGACCCUGCGGAGUACCGCUGGAACCGCUAUUUCCUGGUUGGCCUGUACAUUGCCUAUCUGUUUGUCUACUGGGUCUGGGACACCACCAAUAGCCAGAAGAACCGGUACCGUCAACAGGAGCGUGGAACGAUGGUGUACCGCAAGACCUUCCCCCAGCUUCCCUGGCAGACCCUUGAAAACCCCAAGACCAUCACCGCGGCGGACGGCUCCAAGAUCCUUGUUGAUGGGUGGUACGGCAAGGCUCGCAAGAUUCACUACACCUGUGAUCUGUACUUCGCUUUGAACUGGGGUCUCAUCACCGGGUUCAGCAGCCCUUUCCCCUGGUUCUAUCCGCUCUUCUUCGCGUGCAUGAUCUCUCACCGUGCCAUGCGCGAUAUCCAACGCUGCCGUACCAAGUACGGCGAGGCUUGGGCCGAGUAUGAGAGACGCGUUCCUUACCUUUUCAUCCCUAGGAUCUAUGUUUUCCACCCCAUUAUCCCCGGGUAUCCCAAGGCACGGUUCCCUGGCGUGGUGGUCUUCAGCGAGAUCUACCAGGUGACCGGUCCUGUGGCCCGUUUUGCUCGCCAGAUCGCCGGACAAGGAUACAUCUGUGCCGCGCCCUCGAGCUACCAUGAAUUCACUGGACCGGAGGCCUUGAAAUACGAUGCGCAAGAUACCGACCGGGGGAACGAGUGGAAAAUCACAAAGAAACUGGCUGCCUACGACGAGGACGCCAGUUUGUGCGUCGAUUACCUGCUCUCUCUCCCGACCUGCAAUGGCCGGAUAGGCGCCACGGGCAUGUGUCUCGGCGGGCAUCUGGCAUAUCGCUGUGCGCUGGAUAGCCGUGUCCAGGCGUCUGUCUGCUACUUUGCAACGGAUAUCCAUUCUCGGACGCUGGCGGCGGGGAAGAACGAUGACAGUCUGGCAAGGGCGGGAGAUAUCAAGGGCGAACUAUUAAUGAUCUUCGGCAAGAAUGAUACCCAUGUUCCUCCUGCCGGUCGCGACUUGAUCCGCCAAACAUUACACGACAAGGGGGUCUUGUUCAGUUUCUACGAGGUGGCAUGGGCGCAGCAUGCAUUCAUCCGCGACGAGCUGAGUAAAGGCCGCUACGACCCGGCGAUCACCAAGGCCUGCUUCGAGAUGUUGCUGGAGCUGUUUGGGCGCACCCUCAAGGUCGAUCUGGGAGAUCAUGAUGGCAAGCCGUUGAAGAUUGAGGAUGUGUGCUAG